CUGGAACCCCUAACUUGCAGAUUAUCAGCCAAGCUCAUGGUAUAAGACUACAACAGCGGCCGCCACCAACGAAAAUGCAGGUCUGAACGAGGAAGAAAGGGAUAAAAGGAAAAGAGAAGUCUCUCUUUCAAGUCAUGAGUGCGGAUCCGCCCAAACUCUAAUCGUCAUCGUGCCAUAACUGAGGCUCGUCUCAUCUCAUCUCAAAUCUCAUCGCCAGCUGUCCUCAUCAACAGCUUCUCUGGCAUCGCAACCCGUCGUCUCAAGGUCGCGACACGUCUGGCGCACAGGCUAACCCGCCACCAUGACAAUCAUAUCCCCCCUCCUUCGGCCCGCGCCCCUCUUCCUCGUUGCCACCCUCCUCCGCCUCGUCCUCCUCGUCUACGGCCUCUGGCAAGAUGCCAACUCGGCCCUCAAGUAUACCGAUAUUGAUUACCUCGUCUUCACCGAUGCCGCCCGCUUCCUAGCUGCCGGCGACUCCCCCUACGCCCGAGACACCUACCGCUACACGCCCCUGCUCGCCUGGAUGAUGCUCCCCACCGUCCACUUCGCAGCCUUCGGCAAGCUCGUCUUUGCCGCCGCAGACCUGCUCGCCGGCUGGCUCAUGGUGCGCGUGCUGCGCCAGAGGGGCAUGCCCGAGACGACCGCCGGGGCCUUUGCGGCAAUUUGGCUCUGGAACCCGAUGGUUGCGACCAUUAGCACGCGUGGAAGUUCAGAGGGCUUGCUGGGCGUCUUGACUAUGGGCUUGCUGUGGGCUGUCGAGCGGAGGAGGGUCAGCCUGGCCGCCGUCAUCCUCGGGCUCGCCGUGCACUUCAAGAUCUACCCGUUUAUUUACGCGCCUGCAAUCGUGUGGUGGAUGGAUGCAGAGCGCCUGGGAAAGACGACCAAACAGGAAAAGCCAUCGUCGGCGAUGGCGGCGUUGGUGCGCUUCGCAACUCCUGAGCGCAUUAAGCUUGCCAUCAUCAGUCUCGCGACCUUCAUGGGGCUCAACCUACUCAUGUAUUCCAUCUAUGGCACCCCGUUCCUCAUUCACACCUACUUCCAUCACGUUAGCCGUAUCGACCACCGCCACAACUUUUCACCUUACAACACUCUCCUCUAUCUUAACUCCGCUGUCCCCUCAGCAUCAUCCCUUCGCAUUGAGUCGUUGGCUUUCCUCCCCCAGCUGCUCCUCUCCUGCGUCCUGAUCCCCCUUGCCCUCGCGAAGCGAGACCUAGCCACAUCCAUGAUGGCGCAGACCUUUGCGUUUGUGACUUUUAACAAGGUCUGCACGUCUCAGUACUUCCUUUGGUAUAUGGUCUUCCUACCAACGUAUCUUCCCUACUCAUCACUCCUGCGCAACCCCAAGCUUGGUAUCUCGGCUUUGCUGCUCUGGGUUGUCUCCCAGGCCGCCUGGCUGCAGCAAGGAUACCAACUCGAAUUCCUUGGAAUUAGCACAUUCUUCCCAGGACUUUGGCUCGCCUCGCUAGGUUUCUUCCUAGCCAACUGUUGGAUAUUGGGUAUAAUUAUUGGUGACGGGGCACAGUUAACUCGAUGCAAGACUGUCGGGGAGAAACGGCAUGUAGAGUAAAGGCGUGUUUUUUUAAUAGUACAGACACUAGUUCAAUGUGUAUCUGUGCAUGGUAUUUUACAACUGACGCCUCACGAACCGACGUAAAAAAGUGUAAUAAUG